CCUCCUCGAAGCCCGGGCCCCCGUUGGCAAGCACUUCCCCCUGCCUGGGCCGGGCGGGCGGUCACCAUGGGCAGCAAGAUGGCGGCCGCCAGUAGGGUCGUUCAGGUAGUGAAGCCACAUACACCCUUAAUUAAGUUUCCAGACAGAAGAAGUACUCCCAAACCUACAAUACAGGAGCCUCUACAGUCAAGAGUUCCUCUGUCUCAUGGUUCAGCCUCACAACUCUCUGCAGGAGGUGGGCCGUCAUCAUCUACAAAUAUUUCAUUCUCCAGUAGAAUUCAAGGCACACCUGACACUUCAGAAUUAUUAAAAACGUUACCUCAAAAAUAUAGAAGGAAACCCAUGUCGGUGGAAGAGAUGGAGUAUAUCCAACGUGGAGGUCCAGAAUAACACACAAGACUCCGGUUAGCUACUGGUGUACAACAAACUCUUAUAUUCACACAAAGGCCUUCCUCACUCUCUGAAUGUUAUAAACGUCUAAAAGCAAAUAGCUUUGUUAAAGGUCUUUCAAGAGGGAUGAGAAGGUAAAUGCUUCUUCAGAAAGUGGCUGUGUCCUAGAACAGAAGACCAUUCUGUUUUGAGUAAUUGUGACUCCACUUCAUAAAACUCUACAAUUAAAAUUUUAUUUUAUUCGUU